AUGGAUCAUGAAAAACCUGAAGCGGUGAUUCCACCGCAAAUAUUCGAAUUCGAUAUCGAUCACACUCGAAGUCGGACAAGUCCAGAUGCAGAGCCCAAUUACCCUGAAGACCGUCGGGAACGCCGAGGGGAGAGUUUAUGGAGAACACUUGGUGAACGGCACAUUAACAUGAUAGCGUUUUCUGGGACAAUUGGAAAUGGACUUUUUCUUGGUAGUGGUCGAUCUCUUGCUGGAGCUGGGCCAGGCGGCGCCGUCAUGGCGUACAUUAUUAUGGGAACAGUGGUUUCGUCUGUUAUAUCUUGCUUAGGUGAAAUGACUGCUCUUAUGCCUGUCAAUGCCCCAGUCGUGGAGUUUCCUCGAAGAUUCUUAGAUCGCGGCGUUGGGUUUGCUGUUGGGUGGAUGUAUUGGUUUGCAUGGGCUGUCACUGCCGCAGAAGAACUAGUUGCUGUUUCUGGAACUCUUGGAUUUCAUUAUGAUGAUGGAAGAACAUUUCUAGCUUGGAAAAUUGGGGAAAGUGUCGACCCUGCUGUUUGGAUUGGAUUGUUCCUAAUAAUUGUUACUGCUAUCAAUAUGUUUCCUGUCAAAUAUUUUGGAGAAUUAGAGUAUGCUUUCGGUUGCAUCAAGAUCAUCUUUAUCACAAUGGUCAUUGUUUUGAUGCUUAUUCUUGACACUAAGCAACCUAGUUCAGAUGCUUAUUAUACAUCACCCCCAAACUCUAAAUAUUGGUGUCAUCCGUGGGGAUUUUUCAACCACGCCUACUCCGUUCGAGAUGAAGAAGGAAACCUGCAGCGAAAAAUUGAAGGCCCCGCUGGCUCAUUCCUUGGGAUGUGGACAACUAUCAUUAACGUAAUCUUCUCAUAUACUGGAAUGGAUAUUGUAGCAGCAACUGCCGCAGAGUCAAAAUCGCUUGCUAAUGCUGAGAGCAUGAAAAUGGCCGCAAGAAAGAUUUCCAUUCGUAUCGUCACUCUCUACACCAUGGCUAUGAUUACAGCAUCUUUUAUAGUGCCAUAUACUCAUCCUUUCAUCAAUGGAAAGGGGCAAUCGGUUGGCGCGCACUCCAUUUUUGUUAUCGCAGUCGUCGAAGCGGGACUACCAGCUCUGGCCCAUUUCUUCAACGCCAUCUUCGCUUUUGCAUCCUUUACUUGCGCCAUCAAUUCUAUGUAUGUGGCAUCGAGAGUCUUACAUACUUUGGCUUUACAGGAUCAGGCGGGACCGGAAUUUAUUGCUAGGAGAUUAAGGCAAACUAGAUCGGGGGUUCCAAUCAGAGCGGUAUUAGUAACGGCUGCUAUGGCUCUGGUGGCUUUCAUGGGUAGGACUGGCACAACUGCAAUUCGACUAAGUGAAUUGGCAUCAAACUGCACUUCUUCGAUUCUUAUCGUCUACGCCACGAUUUGUGCUACUUAUCUCGGAUUUUUUCGGACGCUCGAAGAUACCAAACUCUAUGGAAAUGCAUCGGAAAGGCAAGCAGCACAUUAUGACCGCGAUCAUCCCCGUUACCCAUACAAAUCACACGGUCAAUGGCUUAAAGGGUUUUACGGUAUGGCUGCAUGUAUUAUUCUCGUUACUUUUAACGGUGUUUCUGCAUUCCUUGAAAGACCUUUUGAUGUUAGAAGAUUCAUUGCGAGUUAUGUAUCUAUCCCGGUGUUUAUUCUUCUGAUUAUAGGCUAUAAAAUUAAUAAACAUGGACUGAAAAUACGAAAUUGGGGCCCGGAAAGAUCAAAUGAUUUGAGGAACACGAUCCAAGCAGCGAGUGAGAAGAGAAAGGGAAGACUAGAGUUUCCGGAUGAGGGAAUUAGUAUGGAGAAUUUCAAGACGUGGGCGCAUUGGAUGUGGGUAUGGACAAGAUAG